AUGGUAGACCUCGUAGGGCGUUUUCAGAGUGACAUUGGCGCGGCGGGUCCGUGCUUAACUCUCGGGCCACCUGGGCGCUGGCUCGAGCCGCAGUCCCAUGUCACGGAAUUAGAACUCGGCAAACGCAAGGCUCGAGAAGUGCCGUCGCCGUCGAAAUCUCGACCUCAGGAAACAACAUCGUCGGAAGAUGUGAGACUUCUGAGUCCGAUGAUCAAGAGCCCAGACUCUUCGAGACCUGCUCGGAAAAGGUCGCGUGAUGAUCUGGAGGAAGCAGGGCUCAGCAAAGCACAACGAGAAAAACUGCGUCGCGACCGACUUAAUGACAGGUUUCUUGAGCUCGGUCGCGAGCUGGAUCCCACCACGACUCCGCGGACGGACAAGGGCAUAAUUCUGAACAACGCCGUUCGUGUUCUGACCGGCCUCAAGGCAGAGGCUGCAGCUCUCAAGCAGGGCACGUGGCAGCUACAGGAGCAGAUCAAGGAGCUGAAGGCUGAGAAGUCGGAACUUCGGGACGAGAAGGCCCGUCUCAAGGCACAGCGCAAGUGCCUUCAAUUGCAACUUCAAGCGUUGCCUCUUCCUACGCCAGAUCGUUUUUCGUCCCCGUCCGCUGCUGCUGCUGCAGCUGCCGCAGCCCUCGCUGCUCUUCAAGCUGCAGCGGCUGGACCCAUGUCCAACCAUUUCGCUGUGAAGCCUCCAGCGUCCAUACCUGCUGAUGCAGCACAGGGUGCGCCUGAAGAAUGUAGGGAAAGGCCAAGGGAUAUGGGGGAGGAAGUGGAGGCAAGGGGGGUUGUCGGAGAGGAGGGGAAACUGGGAGCAACUGAGACAGCUGGUCUGGGUGCAUGUGGUUUGGUUCGGGAAGAUGGUGCUUGCGAGAGAGAAAUUACCUUUAGCAAAGCCACCAGGGAGAAGUUGCGACGCGAUAGAUUAAACGACAGAUUUCAAGAACUUGCAAGGGAGCUUGGUCCGUCGGCAACCGUCAAGGUGGAUAAGGCGGUCCUCCUGACGGAAGCUGUCCGGUUGCUUGUUCGGUUGAGGACUGAAGCAGCAAGCCUGUUGACGAGUAACCAGCAGCUUCAAGAUCAAAUCAAGGAGCUUAAGGUUGAAAAGUCCGAACUGAGAGAGGAGAAAUCUCGCCUGAAAGCUGACCGGGAUCGCCUGCGGAUGCACCUCGAUACCCUCACAGCUCCCACCAGGACCAACAGUUUCUUAGGCCAGUCGUCUCCUGCAGUUUUGCAGUCGCAAACAGCGUCGCACGCAUCAUACCCUGCGCACCAAACGCCUGUCAAGGUUGAGGCUGUGCGGUUGCCUCACCACCAGCACCGGACAAUGUGGCAAUUCCUCCAGUCUGGCGUGGCUGAUGCAUCUGCAGAUCGAUUUUUGACGCCACCUGUGGCGUAA